AUGGCCAUCAGAGUCGCCCGGUGUUACCGGACGGUGUGGUACGUGGCGGCCACGACCCUGGCGAGGGUGCUCCCGUUCGACCUGGUCGCUGAAUCACGUGCCGAGUCGUAUCGGUGCGCGAUAGAGGUCGAACGGAGCGGCAUCUCCCCCGAGAACAUCCCCAGAGAAGUGGCGAAAGAGAAGGCCAGGGUCCGGAUGUGGGCGCUCAGGAAGUGGGAACACAGACUGGGCGAACACAACGCUCCGGGUUUACCUGGAUUAUGGACCGUCGGGGCCAUCCAGCCCUGUCUACUGGAGUGGGUAGACAGGAGGGGAGGAGGCAUUUCCUUCCGAAUGGCGCAGGUUUUUACCGGGCAUGGUUGCUUUGUUGACUACCUGUGCUGA